CGCCGUGUGCCGCACACCGGAGCUGCCGCCGCUGCCCGCACGCCCGCACGCCCGGCACGCGCGCUUUGCGCUCCUCUGCUGUUUCCCCGUGGGCGCCCAGGUGGCUGCGCGCCGCGGCGCUCCCUGCCCGGCCCGGCCCCGCUUGGCUCGGCACGGCCUUCCUUGUCCUGCCUGUCGGAGUCCCUCGGGCGCGGAGCCGAUGGGGACCGGCGGGAGGAUGCGCCUGAGCCGCGUCUGCUUCGUUUUUUACCAGCUGUGCGUGUUUUCAAGCGCGCUUGUUGCAGGUCUCCAUGCUUCUGAAGAAACAGAGGAAUGGGAGAUCAUCUUCCCUUCACUGUGGAGCAGAGGCCAGCAGGAACCAGUGAGUGGCAGCAGUAGUGGCUGCAAUGUUGACCCCAGCUGUGGGAAAAGAAGCAGCUCCCUUGGUGCCUCUGUGACACUCAGCCCAGGGGCUGGCAGUUCCAGGGAGGUGCGUUCGGCGUCCUCCAUGGAGGGACAGGCACAGGCUUUGGAGGAGGCAGCAGAGGAAGAGAAUACUGAGGAUGACUACGAGUCUCAAGAUUUUUACCACUGGUCCCCCCUGUCUCAGGGGUCUGGUGCUGCCUCUCAGUUGUCACCACCGUCACCACCCCCACUGCCUCCAGCAGAGGAUGGAGAUGAGGUGCUUCUGAGGAUCCCAGCUUUUGCUCAGGAGUUUUACCUGCUGCUCAAGAGGGACAGCCGCUUCCUGGCUCCUGGCUUUGCUGUGGAGGAGCGGCUCAGGGGUGAGGACAAAAGCCCACCUGGUACUGUGCAGUUGCAACCUGAGAGAGCUUGUUUCUACAGUGGAGCUGUCCUUCGCUACCCAGGUUCCUUUGCUUCUUUCAGCACCUGUGGUGGAUUGAUGGGAUUUAUACAAAUUAAUGAGGACUUCAUAUUUAUUGAGCCACUAAAUCGCACUUUGGCUGUGACAGGUCAUGCACACAGGGUGUACAGACGAAAAAGGUCUCUAGAGGAGAAAAUUACUGAAAAGCCAGCUUCUGAGAAUCACUACUGUGGUGUUGUUACAGAUAAGAGAAAAUCCAAGAAUCAAGAAGUAUCACAAGGUGGAAGAGGAAAACGAUACUCCUACAAGUUACCUCAGGAGUACAAUAUAGAAACUGUUGUAGUGGCAGAUCCAGCUAUGGUUUCAUAUCAUGGAACAGAUGCUGCCAGAAGAUUUAUUCUAACCAUCUUAAACAUGGUUUUUAACCUUUUCCAGCACAAGAGCCUUGGACUACAAAUAAAUCUUCGUGUAACUAAGCUCGUCCUCCUUCAUGAGACUCCAACAGAUAUGUAUAUUGGAUACCAUGGGGAAAAAAUGCUGGAAAGCUUUUGUAAAUGGCAACAUGAAGAAUUUGGCAAGAAGAAUGAUAUACACUUAGAAAUGUCAACAAGCUGGGGAGAAGAUGUGUCUUCAGUUGAUGCAGCCAUACUGAUCACAAGGAAGGAUUUCUGUGUGCAUAAAGAUGAGCCAUGUGAUACUGUUGGUAUAGCAUAUCUGAGUGGAAUGUGCAGUGAAAAACGAAAAUGUAUAAUUGCAGAGGACAAUGGUCUGAAUCUUGCUUUUACCAUUGCUCAUGAAAUGGGUCACAACAUGGGGAUAAAUCACGACAAUGACCACCAAUCCUGUGCAGAUGGUCUACAUAUCAUGUCUGGGGAGUGGAUUAAAGGACAAAAUCUUGGGGAUGUUUCAUGGUCUCGAUGCAGCAGGGAAGAUCUGGAAAGAUUCCUCAGGUCAAAGGCCAGUAACUGUCUGCUACAGACGAAUCCUCAGAGCCUCAAUUCUGUGAUUAUUCCCUCCAGUCUCCCAGGAAUGACUUACACUGCAGAUGAACAGUGUCAGAUUGUUUUUGGACCAACUGCUUCUUUUUGCCAAGAAAUGCAGCACGUCAUUUGCAGUGGUUUGUGGUGUAAGGUGGAAAGUGAGAGGGAAUGCAAAACUAAACUGGAUCCACCAAUAGAUGGAACAGACUGUGGCACUGGAAAGUGGUGUAAGGCUGGAGAAUGUGUCAGUCGGACCUCUUUUGUGGAGCAUAUGGAGGGAGAGUGGAGCACAUGGAGCACUUGCAGCCGUAGUUGCAACACUGGAAUCAGCAGUCGACAGCGCAGAUGCCCUGGUUCAGGGCUUGAAGGAGAGUGUCAUGGACCCACAAUGCAGUAUAGAAUAUGUGAAAAUCCUUCUUGUCCUGCUGGUGUGCCUACCUUCAGGGACUGGCAGUGCCAGUCUUUCAGUGUCAGAUCUUCGUAUCAGAAGCACGUGCACCAGUGGCAAGCUGUCAUUGAUGAUGAAAAACCAUGUGCCUUAUUUUGUUCACCAACUGGAAAGGAUCAACCCAUUCUUCUAACAGAAAAGGUGCUAGAUGGGACUUCUUGUGGCCAACAUGGGUUAGAUGUCUGUGCUGAUGGUAGAUGCCAGAAAUUUGGCUGUGAUGGCAUUUUAGGAUCUCUGGCUCGUGAAGAUCAUUGCGGUGUGUGCAAUGGUAAUGGAAAGUCAUGCAAAGUUGUUAAAGGUGAUUUUAACCAUACUAGAGGAUCAGGUUAUGUGGAAGCUUUGGUAAUACCUGCUGGAGCGAGGAGAAUUAAAGUUGUGGAAGAAAAACCAGCUCACAGUUAUUUAGUGCUUCGAGAUGCUGGAAAACAGUCAAUUAAUAGUGACUGGAAGAUUGAGCAUUCAGGAACAUUCAGUAUUGCUGGGACCACUGUCCAUUAUGUUCGGAGAGGUCUCUGGGAGAAAAUAUCAGCCAAAGGUCCCACAACAUCACCUUUACAUUUAUUGGUUCUGCUCUUCCAUGACCAGAGCUAUGGUCUUCACUAUGAGUACACAAUCCCACUAGAUCCUCCUCCUGAGAAUCGAAGUUCUAAAGUACCAGAGCCUCUUUUCAUGUGGACUCAUUCUGGCUGGGAGGACUGUGAUGCUGUAUGUGGAGGAGGUGAAAGAAAAACUACCGUCUCUUGCACAAAGAUUAUGAACAAGAAUAUCAGUCUUGUGGACAACAAGAAGUGCAGAUAUUUAACAAAACCUGAACCACAGAUCCGCAAGUGCAAUGAGCAGGCAUGCCAGACCAGAUGGAUGAUGACAGAAUGGACUCCAUGUUCAAGGACAUGUGGAAAAGGAACCCAGAACAGACAAGUAGCCUGCACACAGCAGCUCAGAAAUGGAACCCUGAUCAGAGCUAGGGAGAGGGAUUGCCCUGGGCCAAAGCCUGCUUUUGCACAGCGCUGUGAAGGCCAGGACUGUAUGACUGUAUGGGAGGCAGGAGUCUGGUCUGAGUGCUCCGUGAAGUGUGGUAGGGGAGUACGGCAUCGGACUGUGAGAUGCACCAAUCCCCGCAAGAAAUGUGUUCUGUCCACAAGACCUAAAGAAGCAGAGGACUGUGAGGACUACUCCAAAUGCUACGUAUGGAGAAUGGGGGACUGGUCUAAGUGCUCUGUCACCUGUGGCAAAGGGAUGCAGUCCCGAGUCAUCCAGUGCAUGCACAAGAUCACGGGAAGACAUGGCAAUGAAUGCUUUUCCUCAGAAAAGCCUGCAGCUUACAGACCCUGUCAUCUCCACGCCUGCAAUGAGAAAGUUAAUGUUAACACAAUAACGUCACCUAGGUUAGCUGCUUUAACAUUCAAGUGCCUGGGAGACCAGUGGCCUGUGUACUGCAGGGUGAUAAGAGAGAAGAACCUCUGUCAAGACAUGAGGUGGUAUCAGCGGUGCUGUGAGACAUGCAGGGACUUUUAUGCGCAAAAAAUGCAACAGAAGAGUUGA